AUGGAGAAACUCAGAAUGGAGGGAUUCAAGAUGGAGGGAUUCAAUAUGGAGGGAUUCAAGAUGGAGCGAUUCAAGAUGGAGGGAUUCAAGAUGGAGGGAUUCAAGAUGGAGCGAUUCAAGAUGGAGGGAUUCAAUAUGGAGGGAUUCAAGAUGGAGGGAUGCAAGAUGGAGGGAUUCAAGAUGGAGGGAUUCAAGAUGGAGGGAUUCAAGAUGGAGGGAUUCAAGAUGGAGGGAUUCAAGAUGGAGGGAUUCAAGAUGGAGGGAUUCAAGAUGGAGGGAUACUUACAGCUGUCUCUCAUCAUAAUAAUAAUAUCUGCAUUUUCUUGUUUCACACCUGUUUCUCUAUUUGUCUUCCAUUCACUAAAGGUCAGUCUCCCUCUGCAUGAUCCAAAAUCCAACUUCCCCUUAGACAUGGCUCCAGACUCUGUUGAUGACUCCUACAAGGGCUGUGAGGAGAAGAUGCUCAGGAAGGUGCAUGACUAUUACCUGCCAAAAGAGAGAGGAGAGAACAAAGAUUUCAACCAGGCUUGGACUGCUGCUGAGGACCAUUACACAAAAAAAGGAAAACUGUCUAAAAACUAUUCCCUGGCAAUCCAGGUGUAUGUGAAUGCAACAUCCAACGUUUACAAGUCAUUCAACGCUGCCACUCGUACCCAAAAGGAGAGCUACAAAACUGUGUUCCAGUACCACUCCCUGCACUUCCUUCUGGCCAAUGCCUUACGAAUGCUGAACAAGAACAAGAACAACAAGAACAAGACUUUCCAAACCUUCCGUGGAUCUAAAGACUCUUUCGAGGGUGUCCAAUAUGAUGAAAUGCGAUUCGGACAGUUCACAUCGAGCUCUUUAGACCAGAAAAUCACUAAACACUUUGGAAAUCGCUCCUGUUUUGAGAUCGCCACCUACCUUGGUGCCCCACUGGGGGAGUACGCAUCUCAGAUGGCUCAUGAGAAGGAGGUGCUGAUUCCUCCCUACGAGGUGUUCAAAAUUACAGAGGUGCUGAAGAGAACAGACAAGAAAGACCUCUGGUGUGAUGUUGUUUACAAACUGGAGAGUACUAAGAAAGAAAAAAGUGACCUGAAUUGCAGUUUGUUUAAACAACUCCAAGGAGAAUAAAAUUAAACCAGCAACACAGCUUUUCUGCAUGCUGUCAAAUUAUGACAUUUUGUGUUGUAUUGUAGAUUAUAUUGUAACCCUUGGUUUCACCAUCCAUUGUUGCUCACUCCCACAAAUGCAGGAAAUAUGAUUGUCAGAUCUGUCCUAAACAUAAAUGUUGGCCACAUUGUUUGCUUAGAUUGUUAAGAUUUCUUCUGCCAGUGAAUUGGCGUGUGUGCAUUGCAGUUUUUGUUAAAACCAAUAAAGAAAAGCAUUC